GCAACAGUGCCCUGUGGCAUUUGAGGAAGUGGCUGUAUACUUCACCCCAGAGGAGUGGGACCUUCUGAAUGAGGAACAAAGAAUCUUGUAUUACACGGUCAUGCAAGAGAAUUCUGAGAAUAUAACCUCUUUAGAGCUUUUGAUUUCCAAACCAGAUCCAAGUGUCCAGACUGAAUGGGAAGAAGGGUUACAAAUGGCUGAUCUUCAGCUCUUCAAAGGAAAAGACUCUAUUGUUGAAGGAGUUGUGAAUUGGGAGGACAUAACGGUGGUUGAAUUGCCAAUGCAAUAUCCAUAUGAGACUUUCCAUAAUGGUCAAUCUGACGUGGCCUUCCACAUGAGAGAAGAUGGAACAAUUCAGAAGUCUGAGGAAAGGAGUAAUCUGAGGCAUUCUUCUCCAGAAAGCCUGACUACCAGGAAAAAAAUACAUCAAGAAGAGUUUGGAGCAGAGCAAUUUCAGGAGCCAACGCAGUGGGAUGUGCUCUUUGAUCCUGAAAUUUCUGAACCAAUGGAGGUCAAAUCUAGAAGACAGCAAGGGUUAUUCCUGGAGCUGAUACAAGCUUCUAAGGCUGAUGAGAAAAUGCCCAGCAGUAGCUCCCAAGUAGGUUCUACUGUAUCAAAAAGAAACUACCCCUGUUCUGAAUGUGGGAGAAGUUUUGAUCGCCGUUCCAACUUAAUUAAACAUCAGAGGAUCCACACGGGAGAAAAGCCAUAUCCGUGUAUUGAAUGUGGAAAAUGCUUUGACCAGCAGUCCAAUCUAAACGUCCACUUGAGAGUUCAUACUGGAGAGAAACCAUAUGGCUGCCCUGAUUGUGGCAAAAGGUUUAGUAUCAAGUCACAUUUACACGGACACUAUAGGAUACACACAGGGGAGAAGCCAUUUGAAUGUGAAGACUGUGGGAAGAGCUUCCGUGUGAAAUCUUCCCUAAAUAAGCACCAGCGAACCCAUACAGCAAAACCAUCUGAGAUCAAAUCAGAGGGUCCCCGGGCAAUAUUGCCAGAAGUGACACGCGUUUAUGCAGCUCCCGAAACAGAAAAAAUAAUUAAAAUUAUGAGUAGGAAGCCCCCUAUAGAAAUUGCAGUGUCAAAUAAGAAUUUUUCCUGUUCGGAGUGUGGGAAAUGUUUUGAUCGGCCUUCACAUCUCAUUACACAUCAAAGGAUCCACACUGGGGAAAAGCCAUAUCUGUGUAUUCAGUGCGGGAAACGUUUUCAUCAGCAGUCUAACCUUAAUGUCCAUUUGCGUCUCCACACUGGGGAGAAACCUUAUGGCUGUCCUGAAUGCGGCAAAAGAUUCAACAUCAAAUCUCAUCUACAUGGACAUUACAGGAUCCACACAGGUGAGAAGCCAUUUGAGUGUGAAGACUGCGGGAAGAGCUUCCGGGUGAAAUCUUGUCUAAAUAAGCAUCAGCAAAUCCAUACAGGAGAAAAGCCAUAUAAAUGUGUCUCCUGAGAAAAUUUGACCUAAUUCAACACUGCUCUCAUCCUGGGUAGAAAAAUUGCCUAUGCUGUGAAGUUGGGAAAAUAACUUUUGCAACAGAUAAAAUUUCAUUAAGCAUGAAAGAAUUCACACAGGAGAAAAUCUUUGCCUGUGUUCCUUUUGGCUGAAAUAAGCAUCCAUAAAUCCAUACAGAAGACAGAUAUUAUGGGGGACCCAGCUGUGGGAUAAUGUUCAGGAAUGAUUCACAGCAGAAAACUUGGAGACACAUGUACAUACACCAUAUAUUUAGUUAUAUGGUUAUUUUUCAGUGAAUUCCCUAAGAAACUCAACUCUUGCAAAUGCUUUUAUGGGAUCAGAGGGGAACAGUGUGCAUUUGGAACUAAAAUAUUUUUAUCUGAGGCCUUGGAAAUGACCAACUUCUACUGUUCUGAAGUCCCCUGUUAUUUAAAAUGCCUUCUUUAGGGAUAGCCCAAAGGAAGCUAGUAAACAGUAGAUAUUCCAUAUGAAGAGGUUUAUGCCAUGCUGGCUAGCCUCGAUUUUCCUAGGAACAUGGCAUUACCUUCCAGCUAGGUAGUUCUGCAUCUCAUUGUAACCUAACCUUAGUAAUAGUUAUUAAUGUUCUCUAAGAAAACAUCAAUUCGGACUAUUAGAAUACCUUUAAAUUAAUUAAUAAUAAUAAUAAUAAUUUUGUUUCCCACUCAUGCAUGGCUAUUUCACUGAAGCUUGAGGUGCUUCAGAAAAAUAUGUUCUCAAUCUGGUAACUAUAAGGCAAGAAGCAUUUAAGACUUGCCUUUCAAACCCAGUGGGACUCAAAAGGGGUGUAUGAAAUGUGCACAGGUUGGAAAAAUUGAACAUUAACAUAUAAGGUAUGUUCCUUCCAUUCAUGAUACUGUUUUCCUCAGAAA